CGCGUGAGGUGCAAAGCUUGACGUAUACGGAAGUUUCAUGGCUUUUGGGACAAUCAGGAUAUUUUUCCUUCUCAUUUUAGAGCUUUCCGAUUAAUUCUUUUGUUUGUUUUAGACGAAAAAAGUAUUAUUUUGUGUUUCUAAAACGCUCUUAAAUGGGAAUCUGGGUUAGAACGAAGACGGAGCACGUGAUGCCAAAAGCAGCUUGAGCUAGCCGGCAGAAUGAAGAACAAACAGAAAACUAAGGCCUUGUUUACUUCAGCGGUAAACGGAGGAGGAUUUGUGUCGUUACUUUUAUUGCUGACUGAAUUGUGAAGGAUUUGAAGAGGAUAACUUUGCUGUCACUGGUCGGUUUUGCGAGCUUUGAGAUGGAGGAUAAAUACAGCAGCAACGUCCUGUCGGGUGGAAGACUGGGAAUGGUCGAAGUGCCUGAUUCAAGGUUGAGCAGGUACAUCGUUCUGCUGAUCAUCUCUAAGGUCCUCAAAGCUUUAGGGAUCUUUGAAUCUUAUGAUAUCCUAAAAGUUGUUCAUAUAGUUCAGUUCAUCUUCAUAUUGAAGUUGGGGAGCGCUGUUGUUCUGCUGUUUUUCCAAAAGCCCUUUUCAUCUGGAAAAGUCAUCUCAAGGAGCCAGUGGAUUAAAUUAGUGAAACAUGCCGUUUUCAGCUGCAUCAUCUCCCUGCUGGGAUUCUUCGGUCUGACUCUCUGUGGACCUUUAAGGACGCUGCUGCUCUUCGAGCACAGUGACGUGGUCAUCGUCGCCCUCCUUGGCGUUCUUUUCACAAACUCGGGAGGAGGACCAUCUAAGACCAGGGGGGCGGCCUUCUUCAUCAUCGCCGUGAUCUGCCUCCUGCUGUUUGAUAACGAUGACCUGAUGGUGAAGAUGGGAGACCACCAUCACCCUGAGGGACAUCACGACAGCACGCUCACACACUUCCUCUACACCACCAUCUCAUUUUUAGGAGUCGCAGAUCACAAAGGCGGCGUUGUGCUGCUGGUGGCGUCGGUGUGUCUGAAGGUAGCCUUCCACACGGCGUCCCGUAAACUGUCCGUGGAGAUCGGAGGCUGCAAGCGGCUCUACGCCCUGGACAACCUGGUUUCUGCUGCGGUUCUGCUGCCGUGGGUCGUGGUGUUGUCAGCGACCACAGAGAGUAAAGUUGAGUCGUGGUCCUCCCUCAUCCCGCCUCUCGGGAUGAUCAUCUUCUCCGUCAUGAUCCUGGAGUUUUACGUGGAGGCUGUCUGCAGCGCUAAGAUGGAGGCGCCGAGGUGCGCCCGCUACGGCACCGCGGCGCUCUUCCUCAGCGCGCUGCUGCUGGCUAAUUUCUGGACUCACCCCAUAACCGACCAGCUCCGCUCCAUGAGCAAACCCCCGCAGCAGGUCAGCACGGAGCACGUGCUCUCCGGGGGGGUGAUCGUCAGCGCCGUCUUCUUCAUCAUGUCCUCCAGCAUCCUGUCGUCCCCGUCCAGGAGGGGCCAGAAGGGCACGCUGGUGGGCUACUCUCCUGAAGGGACGCCGCUGUACAACUUCAUGGGCGACGCCCUGCAGCACACAUCUCAGUCGGUUCCUCGAUUCAUCAAAGACUCGCUGAAGCAGAUUCUGGAGGAGUACGACUCCAGACAGAUCUUCUACUUCCUGUGUCUCAACCUGGCUUUCACCUUCGUGGAGCUGUUCUACGGCGUUUGGACCAACAGCCUGGGCCUCAUCUCUGACGGCUUCCACAUGCUGUUCGACUGCUCCGCCUUAGUCCUCGGCCUCUUCGCCGCCCUCAUGACCCGAUGGAAAGCCACCAGGAUCUUCUCCUACGGGUUCGGUCGGGUUGAGAUCCUGUCUGGGUUCAUCAACGGCCUGUUUCUGAUGGUCAUCGCCUUCUUUGUGUUUGUGGAGUCCGUCACGCGGCUGCUGGAUCCUCCCAACAUAAACACCGACAUGCUGACCCCCGUCUCUGUCGGAGGUUUACUCGUCAACCUGGUGGGGAUCUGUGCCUUCAGCCACGCCCACUCUCACGGUGGGAAGAGCUGCUCGUCGCAGGACCACGCCCACUCUCACGGCGAGCACGCCCACGGAGGUCACGGCCACGCCCACGGAGGUCACGGCCACGCCCACGGAGGCCACAGCCACGCCCACGGAGGUCACGGCCACGCCCACAGCUCGGGCAGCAGAGGCAUGAACGCCAACAUGAGAGGUUUGUGGAGGAACCUGCAGAUCUGGGAUGUCGUGGGGACCGGUUCCACAGGUUCUUCUCCCGUUUCAGGAGUUUUCCUUCACGUUCUGGCCGACACGCUGGGCAGCGUCGGCGUGAUCAUCUCUACAAUCCUCAUCCGGCAGUUCGGCUGGCUCAUCGCUGAUCCCAUCUGCUCACUCUUCAUCGCCACGCUCAUUUUUCUGAGCGUCAUCCCUCUGCUGAAGGACGCCUGUGAAGUUCUGCUCCUACGAACUCCUCCGGAACACGAGAAGGACCUGAACGGAGCGCUGGAGAAGAUUGAGAAGAUCGAAGGAGUUUUGUCGUACAGAGACCCUCACUUCUGGAGACAUUCGGCCAGCGUGAUCGCCGGCACCAUCCACCUUCAGGUCAUGGCAGACGUGGUGGAGCAAAGGAUUGUACAGCAGGUGACGGCCAUUUUGAAAGACGUGGGGGUGAAUAACCUGUCGGUCCAGGUGGAGAAGGAGGCGUACUUCCAGCACAUGUCGGGACUCAGCACCGGAUUCCACGAUGUUCUGGCGAUGACCCAACAAAUGGAGUCGAUGAAGCACCUGAACGACGGGACGUGUAUCAUGUAAUAAACCAAACCCCAUGACACACGUACGGCAACAAAGGAGGACCAAAAUUCCCCAGUGAACUGUACAGAGUAUGUUGGAAUAAAUCUGAUUAUGCUGCUUUUA